CUUCUAUAUAAACACUUCAUGGCCGUUGUCAGGGCGGAUCUGGGACAUCUGGACUGUUUACGUAUGGUUUAUGAGUUACUUGAUCCGGACUAGUGCUUGGCUCGUGCGCGGCUGAGAUUCAAUCUUAGCCAAUGGCCGCACAACAGAACGACUCGAGCUACACCCAAACACACACACAACAUACACACAACAUAUACACUAGCAACACCGCUGUAUUUACAGAUAUCUCCUCUAUUCAUUAGACAAGACUGAGAAUGGCCCCAGCUAGCCCACUUCAGCAGUUGUCGCAGCAGCCAACCACAAUCUCUGUGCGUCUGGCGGAUGCAAAGAGUGACUGCGAAGUCGAGCGACUUGUGUGCGGGAUCGCGUCCAGAGUGUCGAAAGCACGGCGGAUACUGUUCGUCACUGGCGCAGGUAUUUCGUGUAAUGCCGGUAUUCCUGACUUUCGAUCGGAGAACGGACUGUACAAUUUAGUAAAGAAAGAAUACCCCAACGCGGUCGUGAAGGGAAAAGAUCUGUUUGACUCUAUUCUAUUCUCAGACCCGAUCUCUACAUCUGUAUUUUGCACGUUCAUGGUGCGUCUCCGGUCCUGCAUUCUUGGCGCGCGGUCGACGUCGGUACACAAGUUCAUCAAACUGCUACACGACAAGAAGAAGCUGCUGCGGUGUUAUACGCAAAACAUCGAUGGACUCGAGAGUCGCGAGAAUCUGCAGAUCGGGGUGGAAGGCAAGCAGUCGACGGUUGUGCAGUUGCACGGGAAUAUACAUAUGCUCAAGUGCACGUUGUGUUGCAAGGAGUUUGAGUGGAGUGAGGAGGACUGCGAUUUGUUGGAGGAGGGGUUUAUACCAGAGUGCCAGAACUGCACGGAGAAAGCUGAGGAGCGUACUAGUUUGGGAAAGAGAUGUCCACGGGUUGGAGUUUUGCGACCAAAUAUCGUGCUUUAUGGAGAAGAACACCCAGACGGAGAGAAUAUUGGUCGGUGUAUUGAAAGUGAUUUGAAGGCGCGUCCGGAUAUGCUUAUAAUUGCGGGAACAUCGUUGAAGGUGAUUGGGAUCAAGAAGUUAGUACGGAGUGCAGCGAAAGCGGUGCACGAGCGAGGAGGGGUUGUUGUGUAUGUGAAUCGCACGCUUCCGGCGGCGAGGUCGUGGAAGGGACAGAUUGAUUACCAUAUCGACAGUGACUGCGAUGAGUGGGUUGAGGAUCUACAUAGACGACAGCCGGGACUGUUUUUGAAGCAGACAGAGUUGCCGGUGACGCCGUCGAAGAAGGUUGUGGUGAAGAAGGAGAACUUGAAGCGCAAGCACGAGGAGGAGGGGGCAGCAGAAGCCGAGCCGCUGAACGAUAUUACGAAUCUGACGACGACGAUGAGCACGCCAGAGAAGAGAAAGAAGAUUGCGUCUACGGUGCGGAGUGUGUUUGGGGUGAAGGAGAAGGUGCGGCCGGCGGGGAAGUUGGAGGUGUUGAAGGACCGGGCGGAGGGGAUGGAGAGCGUGCGAGCGAUAAGCGUGCAUGCGACGUGAGGGAGAGGGAGAAAGAGAGGGAGAGGGAGAGGGAGAGGUGUAGGGUUUGUUAUAGGGUUUAUGUAAAGUGAAGGCGUUUGCUGUUAGUGUUAUCAGAG